AUGAAGAGAACAAUAGUUUCUUAUUUUAAAGCUACAGCUGCAGAUUCUAGUAAAAAUUCAGAAGAAAAAGCAAGUUCAUCACCAUCAGCACAGUUAACUGAAUUAGAUGAAGAAGAAAAUUGUGUUAUAGUAUCAUCCAACUUACUUUCUGUAAAAUCAUCCGCCUUAAAAGAACGCCAUUAUAAUAUUAAGUGGGAACAAAAAUACAAAUGGCUAGUAUAUAAUGAAGAAAAAAAAGGUGCAUUUUGUAAACUAUGUCAACAUUUUAUGAAAAAUGACCUAAAAGUUCUCCAAAAGACAGGUGGAGUGUUUAUUACUGUUCCAUUCACAUCUUACAAGAAUGCUUUAGGUAAAAAUGGAAAAUUAGAGAAACAUGAACAUUCAUCAGCUCACACUGUAAGUAUAGAAAUGGAAAAAAUCAAAAAUAAUGCGAUGAAAAAACCGAUUCAUACUCAAAUCGUUCAGCAAAGUGAAAGUGAAACAGAAAAAGUUUAA